AUGUGGCUACGUCGAAUUAGUGUGGUGUUUUUAUUAUUCAUUGCUAGUAAAGGAGUUCAAAGCGCAUCUAUAUUAGCACUUUUUUCUUCCUUGUCCUUCUCUGAUCACCUCGUAUUCAGGAGUUAUAUUUCUCUUCUUGUUCAACAAGGACAUUCUGUUGUCAUGAUGACCCCAUAUCCAGGUAACUUUAAUCCUCAAGAAUUGGAAAGAAUAGUAGAACUCAAUGUUGGAACUGAAUCGGCGCCAUUUUGGGAGGAAUACAAGAGACUAUAUACUGAUACUGACGACUAUUUUCCUCGAUUGAAAAGCAUAAAUGAUUUAUCUUUAAAAUUAGCCAUUGCUCAGCUAAAAUCGAAAGUGAUGACAUCCCUGCUAAUUAACCCAAAUGUUAAAUUUGACCUCGUCAUAACAGAAGCUGAUGUACCUCUUUUGUAUGCGAUUGCUGAAAAAUAUCAAACUCCACACAUUUCUAUUACUGCGUCGAGUGGAAAAGUCCACCAGUAUGAAUCUAAAGGCACUCCCAUUCAUCCCAUACUUUAUCCAGAUGUCAAUGCCUUAAACCACAGAAAUAUAACGGGGUGGCAAAAAAUUGUUGAGCUCUAUCGUCAUUUCAGCACAAGAAAUGAAUAUUACAAUAAUUACCUUCCCCUUUGCGAUGUUGCUGCUAAGAAAAUGUUUGGACUCAAAAGAGACUUAAUAGAGGUUGAAUACGAUAUCGACAUAUUGUUAAUAGCUAGUAAUCCACUUUUAAUCGGUAAUAGACCAACUGUUCCAGCAAUUUCUUUCGUCGAUCGUCUUCAAAUUAAGCCAGGAUACCCCUUACAACAGGAUUUGAAAAUAAUUUUAGAUUCAGCGCCGAAAGGUGUUAUAUAUUUCAGCUUCGGUGCAAUUCAGGAACCUGAACAUCUUUCCACCAGUAUACUACAAACUCUAGCUGAUGCGUUUCGAGAGAUGCCGUUCACAAUACUGUGGAAGAUUGGCAAUGCGACAGUGGUGAAUUUGCCAGAAAACGUAAUAACCAAUGUUUGGUUUCCUCAACAGGAAAUUUUGGCUCACCCUAAUGUUAAAGCUUUUAUAACACAUGGCGGGCCACGUUCCUUAGAAGAGGCGAUUUUCUACGAAGUUCCUAUAAUUGGGUUACCAACAGUGCGUUCUAGAAAAGUUUUUAUUAGUGAAAUAACUCGAUAUGGAACAGGAGAAAUUUUGGAUAUUUAUUCUUUAGACAAGGAGACUUUGAAACAAGUGGUGGCUGAAGUAGCAACCAACAAUAAGUAUAAGAAUGAUAUGAUUAAAUUGAAAAGUAUGGUUGUGAGCCCCGUGAUAUCCGGUCCCGAGAACGCUGUCUGGUGGACGGAAUAUGUUCUACGCAAUGGAGGCGCGAAGUAUCUGCGUUCUCCAGCAGUUGGAAUAACAUUCGUUAAAUACUAUAUGUUAGAUAUCGCUAGCAUCUUGAUUUCAAUAUCGUUUACUUUACUUUUGGCAACCUAUUUCAUUUUGCGAGCAAUUUUCAGACGACUUUGUUCCCGCUUUGUAAAUAAAUUUGGUAAUACAGGAAAAUAUAAAGCAUUGUAA